AUGUCUGCUCCAGCCAUUCCUUCUACGGUGCAAAAUCCUGUCACGUUGAACUUAUCCCCUUCGUAUGGCGCUUUAAUUGUCGCAGCGUACCUGGGUUGUGCCCUGUGGGGUAUCAACGUCAUGCAGACCUACAUAUAUUAUUGGAACUAUCCAGACGACUCUUGGGCACUGAAGACGCUGGUUGCAUUCCUCUUAAUAGUCGACACCGCUCACAAGAUUCUUAUCACCAAGAUUCCGUGGUUCACCUUGAUCCAGAACUGGGGGCGUGUUUCUGCCAUUCUUGCCUCGCCAGAGGAGGCUCUGCAUGAAGCCUGGGUCGGAUCGUCCAACUGUACUACCUACGACGCCUCGCUAAAUUUGCCGCCACAACCCGCCACGCCCGAAACUGGUGGCUUUGGGCCAUGUUCGCUCUCUUUGUUCUUCUUUCCGUCUCGCAGAUCCGCGAGUUGGCUGUCAUACUGUUUGCCGGAGCGCUCGUUAACGACAGGCAUGCUUAUAGCAUACUUGGCCUUUUCGAUCGGCAGGGCGAACAUCUUCAUCCCAGUCAACUUGCGUCUUAAGAGGGCCGGGCUCAUCGGCGCUGCUGUUGUCGACCUUUUCAUCGCGGUCGGCAUGAUCAUAUUGGUCAGGGAUUCAGACCAAGCCGACAGUCGCGCUCUUAGGUCCAAGAGGACCUCGCGAACUAUUAGUCGCUUGACAGUCAUCAUCAUCAACACUGGAGUGUUAACUGCUGCCGUCGCAAUCAUCUCCCUCAUUCUCGAUGAAACUGCAAGCGGGACAGACUUCUGGACCGCGAUCGCACAGUACCCGCAAUGCUCGAUCUACCUCUCGGCGUUCCUCGCUAACCUAAAUGCCCGGCGCUACAUCCGCGGCGAUGGAGAAGACACAACUACCUCAAACAUGGAGGAUAUUCGCUUUGCCCAUAACACGACGUUAAGCCGCGAUGCUGAAGCGAGCAAGGCGAACAGGACGGACACGCGCAUCGUGCUCGGCCCGAUAAGCUCCGGUACACAUUCCAGCGGCACAGAAGCGGAUGGCAGUAACGAUCUCGUGCUGAACCUCGAAAAAUACAACCACCCUGCUAGAGAGGACUCAGAAGUGUCGGACAAGCCGUUGUCGCUGGAAGUGGUCUAG